GCGGACGGGACAAACUUCAAAGAACGCGUUUUGCAUUUAUCAUUAAAUAUGAACGAAUUCGACUCGCGGUAAACAGCUGAAUUAAACGAGUAUCCACUGUAAUGUCUGUAAUGACCUCUUCUUUUCCGCCGAACCAAAGUUCUCAGUUUUCACAGUUUAAGCAGAUCCGAGUUUCAGGACUCAUCCCGCGGUUGGAGACUCCGGACCGGUUUUGAAGACGGACAGACGGAACAUGGCGCUGCCCGCUGAUCGCGCUGGAGAGGAGAGUUCAGCGGAGACUGAGGAUCCCGGAGCUGCUCCGCACGGCAAUUUCAUCAACUACUACACUUUCAAUCCCCCGGAGAAUCGCCUCAGUCUGAUACCGGCCUCUCUGCUGGGAGAGCUCGGGGGCCGCCGUGAGAGUGAAACGGUUCUGAUGCUCGACGUGGGCUGCAACUCAGGGGACUUAUCCAUUGCACUGUAUAAGCAUCUUCUUCAAGAGCAGCCGCUUGAAAGUGACUCUCCAAGGAGCGUCCACCUUCUCGGAUUUGACCUCGACCGAGACUUAAUCUUACGGGCCCAAAACUGUAACCCGUUUCCCCAAAACAUUCAGUUCAUCCCCCUUGACAUCACCCAGGAGUCGAGCCACACUGAACUCACUUCUUACGUGGAGAAGUUUGGAUGCAGUCGCUUUCAUUUAUGUACUUGUUUUGCAGUGACGAUGUGGGUCCACCUGAACCACGGCGAUGCUGCGUUUUUAGCCCUCCUUUCGCGACUAGCCUCUCUGUGUGAGUAUCUGUUGCUGGAGGUGCAGCCGUGGAAGUGCUACCGCUCAGCCGCCCGUCGAUUGCGUAAACUUGGCCGCAGCGACUUUGACCAUUUCAAGACGCUGGCGAUCCGUGGAGACAUGGCAGCGCACGCUAAAGGACAUUUAGAAAAGCAGUGUAGCAUGGAGCUAACUCAGAGUUUCGGGAAUACAUCGUGGGACCGAAGUCUUCUGCUUUUCAAGCGACGAUGACGAAGCAUUCAGAAGGGAAAACACACCAAAACAGACCAUUAAUGGAAGUUAAAGUGAUAAUUUGAUGGAAAAAUCACAUUUACAACUUUCCCCAAGCUUCAACUUGACAUAUGUUCCUAGCUUCUUUGCAGUGGAGCUACAAGGCUAAUAUGGCUAACAAGUAAAAUUUUAUGCUUGGACAAGUGUACAGAGAAAAUUCUGAUAGACAAAAACAAUUGGAUGAAAGUAACAGACAGACUUUAAAGGGUAAUUCCACCAAUUUUAUAGAGUGGUUUAAUGUAAAAUGGCUCAUUGUGAGGAAAGUUUCUGACUCAGAUUUCUUUACAGGGGAGGUCAUAGGGGACCAGGGGUCACAGUGUCUAUGACACAAAUAUUUCAUUUUAUUUCAUUUAUUAUCCAUAUGAUGGUAAAAUAGCGGAAAAAAUUUUUCUUUGGGGACUAUUUUGCUUUACAAUGCCCUGCA